AUGGCGUACGAUGCUUACUCAACUCCUAAUACCUACAUGGAUAACAUGAAUGACUCGGACCUUCCUACCUACUCACAGCCUCCAUAUCCAUCGCCGUAUGAGAAUGACCAUCUCAAUAUGCCUCAGCCGCAAAUGCCGCCUCCACCUCUUUCGUCUGCCAACGCAUCAAGCAGAGACCCAUAUGCAGAGUUGCCCCGAAUGCAGAUUCCACAGACCCCUCAGUUUCCCCAGAACUCACAGAGUACUGGGUACAUCAACGAUGCCGUAAACUCGGCCGUCAAUAAUGCAAACUCUACAUCUUAUCUGUCCCCGGACGUCCUGUCGCAGAUCACAGCGACGGUCAUUCAACAGCUGAAGGCUUCUGGUCUAGAUAAUCUCCCGGGUCAGACCCCACCACCUCUGCGAUCGCAGUCGCAACAGCCUCCAUGGUCUGCUGCGCCAGAACCAGUGCCCCGACCACUAUCGGCGUCGCCCCCACCAGUUCAACGAAGUGAAUCGAUUCCCCUUCCAAAUCGACCUUCUGUGAAAUUUGAGCCGCCCCAGCCUUUCCCCGUUUCCUCCACAGCUUACUCCUCGAGUGAUGUCCGUGAUGCGCGCCCGAUUCCGAAGCCAUCACCGGAUCCUCUUCCACGUCGCACCGAUUCAAUCUCAAGUCAUGGUAGUCAAAAGCCGGAUGCGCGCCCAAAGGGCCCUGAUCGGGACACUACAGUAAUGGAGAUGACGACGCUUGAGAGAAUAUGGGGAAAGCUUUUUGAAGAUGACAUUCCAACGAAGAGGCUUGGUCAGUUCCUGCGUGGAGUUGCUUUUCAUUUGAUUGAGGAUUAUCCUCCGGGUAACACUCUCGUUAUCACCCCCGCAAAGCUGCAGAAGUUCUACGAAGAAACAGGUAUCUCGUGGGAUCCUUAUCCCUGGCAAGACAUGUUCGAUGAUCGCACAUCUUCCAUUUCAAGGCUAUUCCGUGAAGUGAAGGCAGAACACCAUCUUGUUCAGCUGGACGAUCUAAAAGAGCGACCAGAUACCCCAGGUCUCACGCCCAAGGGAUUUGAGAAAUGGGCCUCUUUGAUGAUUCAAGCUCACCCUGAUCGCGAGCACGAGCGACUGCAAAAGGCCGUACUGAAUAUGCCCAUCAGCAACCCAGAUGACAGAAAAGAGCGGUUCCCCAAGGAGCUACCUCGUCGCCUGUUCCCCGAGGUUGCUGAUUUGAAAUUACGAGAAGAGAUUGAAGACUAUAUUAUGAAACAUUGCGGUGUCGACUUGCCUUACAUCACUGAUGAGGAGCGAUCAAAGGCUAGUCGUCCCAAGAAGUCUUCCAAUAAGACAUCCUCCCCUCCCACGGCUACUGCCGGAACUAGCUCUACGGCACGAGAGCGAUCAUACGAACGAGGCCGGCCCCCAGCUACUCCUUCGCCAGCAUCGGUUGUUGAUGAGGAGGACGAAAUUAUCACUUCCGCGCCAAUCGAACGUGAGAGAAAACCAUAUACCUCACAGCCUGGACGGGGAAAGAAAUACGAUGAGCCAUCAUCCGCUCGUAGUUCAACAGAAUCUUUCACUACCCGUUCAGAAACCCGACCGCAGAGUUCCUCUAUCUGGCAUGAUAAAUACGAUCCACUGUACUCUCGCGCCGGAUCUGGGCAUGCCCCGUCGCGCCAAUACUCUAAGGAUUCACGCAGCCCUUCUCGUGCCUCUCGUGGGAAAUCUCACACCACUGACUAUCGACACUCAGAAAGCGAUCUGCUUGGUCGCGACCAUGUCCCCAGAUAUGGCGGUGUGUCUGCCAACGAUCCGUAUACAGAAUCCCCAACAUCUGUCCUUCCCACCGAUACAAAUGAUACUCGACGGUACAGAGACCAUACUCAUACUUCGCAUGCUCGUCAUGGCAGCCGGACUGGCGAGGACGAGGGCUAUUACCGUGGCAUGUUGGGUGGUGAUGGCGGGGGAUCCGCCCCUGAAUACAAGUACUACCAUUGA